GACAGGCGCAUGGCAGUUCUGCAAACCAAUGACGCACAACCCAACCCAAACCCCGACCGACUCGGGUCAACGAAAUGCCGAAUCAUACCUUCUGCCGUACUGUAAACCAAAUUAGUAAACCAAAUACCGACAUCUCCGCGGGUCCGAAACCGCAGUUCGAAAAAAGAAUCCUGAUCAAUCAGCGGGAUCGAUUACCAACUAACCACCAAUUAACUAUCCACUACUCAAUUGCCUCCGAGAUUGUCUACUAUCCAACAUCAUCACACUCUCACCAAUAUAGACACACCACACCACACCACCCUCCCUACUCUCAGACACAAAAAAAAGCACACCCACCAAAAUGCCCCUCCCCGCGCGAACCGCCUCAAUCACGCGCAUAACCAACGAGACCAAAAUCCAAAUCUCCUUGUCCCUGGACGGCGGCAUCCUGCCCCCCUACGAACCAUGCGCUCACUUCCCAGCCCCGACGGACCCCGCUGAACUCGAGGCCUCCAAGAAGGGCAUCAUCCCCAACAAAGCCGCCCCGCACGCCACACAAUUCACCCCGACGCAGCAAAUCACCAUUAACACUGGGAUUGGAUUCCUGGAUCAUAUGUUGCAUGCGUUGGCGAAGCAUGGAGGGUGGAGUUUGGCUGUGAGGGCUAAGGGAGAUCUUUUCAUCGACGACCACCACACGACAGAAGAUACCUUCCUCGCGCUGGGUUCCGCGUUCACUGAAGCACUGGGUGCACGGCAAUCGCUGGCGCGGUUCGGACGGGGCGAUGCACCUCUGGACGAGGCGCUGUCGUGGGCGGUGAUUGAUCUGUCGAGUCGGCCGUGGGCGGUGAUCAACAUUGGGUUCCGGAGGGAGAAGAUCGGGGAUUUGAGUACGGAGAUGAUCACGCAUGGAUUGCAGAGUUUUGCGCAGGCGGCGGGAGUGACGCUGCAUGUGGGGUGCACCUAUGGUGAUAAUGAUCAUCAUCGGGCGGAGAGUGCGUUUAAGGCGUUGGCGGUGGCGAUUAGGACGGCUUGUACGAGGAGAGUGGAGGGAGAGGUUGGGGCGGGGGAUGUGGUUAGUACGAAGGGGGUCCUCUAAUUAUUUUAUAUAGUAUCUUGUUGGUGGAGGCGUCUAGAUGGUUUGGUAUGUUGAUUCAAUUACAAGUCAAUCUUAUGCAUAUAGUAUACACUAUGUCAUGUUAUGUUAUAAGAUGAACAAAUGGAGGCUCAGGUAGAAACACCCAAGGCUUGCGUCGCCCGCGUCCAGUAUGCUUUUCUAUCGUCGUUGGCAUUGGUCCCCACGCAGUCGGUGAUGUAUGCCGCCCAGCCUGCCUCGGACCCCGACUGCAACUGAGACCGCACACUAGCCGAGCACUGUGUGGUCAGGAACCAUGCCCCGGAGCCGAAGUCGUAGUCUUCGUUGGCGAGCAAGAGGUUCAAAACCCCCGUUGGGUCUCCGGAUACGCUGGAGAGUUGGCCCGCGAGCGCGGGAAGAGAUGCCGCGUAUUUGGAGUUGUACGAAGGAGAUUGCAUGUUUCGUGUGCCCUGUCCCGGAACACCGGGAAAGUGGUUCUUGUUAUACUUGAAAUCGCCGCUUUCAAAAGCCAUAAGUGCAAUCACGGCUGCUUGCUCGGCGCGAGACGUCACGCCAUAAGUGUCAAAAGACUUGGUUAUAUGCGGGACUGCUUGUUCCGCAGUAGCGCAUUCCCCGGCUGCGGGGGGAUUGUCGCACGUAUUGG